UUUCUUCUCGCUUUCCAGCUGCACUCCAUCGCUCUCGAGGUUUACGGCGGUCGUGCUUUGCAAUACAGCGGCGCUCACGAAAGUUCAUUAAACGAGCUUAAUUAUCAUCCAGGCGGCUUUUGGUUUAUAUAUCCUGGGCCACAGGACGAGCUCUAGAUAUCUGCAGAAGAGCCUGAGGAGGAGUGAAGGUUUCGGGACGCGGGCACACUUUCACGCUCGUUUCUUCGCAAUGGGAGAGCGCUCGUCUCCUCUGCUGCUAGCGGUCCUGGUAAUCCUUGGGAUCUCCUCAUGUGGACUAACUGUUUUUGCUGCGAGACCCCUGGAAGAGCAGAAGACGCUCGACUGGCUCCACUUCCCACCGCUUCCUCCAUUCCCAUACUUUUCGCAUCCAAGUCCAGGGUAUAAGCCGCCAUCUUAUUCUUACCCGGCUCCAGAGUACAAGUCCCCUCCAUCUUAUUCUUAUCCCACUCCAGAGUACAAGUCUCCUCCAUCUUACUCGUACCCGGCUCCAGAGUAUAAGUCUCCUCCAUCUUACUCGUACCCGGCUCCAGAGUACAAGGCUCCUCCCACGGUUCCUUCGUCUCCAGCUCCGGUUUACAAGCCUCCCACGGUUCCUUCCACUCCAGCUCCGGUUUACAAGCCUCCCACGCCUUCUCCCGUCUACAAGCCUCCCACUCCGGUUUACAAGCCUCCGACUCCUUCUCCGGUGUACAAGUCUCCUCCGCCUCCGUCGUCGGGCUACUAGCGCGAGCGAAGUGAAAGCAAUGUAGCAAGCUCUUUCAAGGUUCUCAUUAGGACGUUUGGUUAAUCUUCUUCAUGGCUCAAGUGCUUCUUUGUUUGAUCGACAUAGGAAUGCUGCUCUGUGGGAAGAGCGGAGAGAAAAUAAUAUUUGUUCCAAGCCAGGCGGAAAUGCGCAACAAGCGUUGCUCUGGUUUCUUUUCCUUUUUCUUUGGUUUUCUCCUUUCUUGUCCUGAUCUUGUACAUUGGGAGAGCUAUUAAACUUUUUAUUAGAAACAAAUAUUGAAGAACA